AUGGAUUAACCAAUAGGAAUUGGAGGAUUUAAAUUACAACAAGUCAUUUCAUAGGAAAUGAAUCAAAUGAGACAUAGUCUUGAUCCUAGAACUUCUUUAUAAAUGAUGUUGAGCCAAAGAUCUUAAGCCUAAUUUCAAUAAGUUAUGGAUUAAGAUGUUCCUAAUGAAUAACCAUUAAAAUUAUUGAGUAAGAAAAAAGUAAAUCCAUAUACCUAUUUGUAAUCUAGGAUAAAAGAUUUUAAUUAUAGGUCUCCUCAGCAUCUAGUUCUUUUUCUAUUUCAUCUGAAGAAUCUUCAAAUUCUCAAAAAUCUAUACGCUCUACUAAUUAUUUACUUAGAUAAUAAGCAGCCGCCUCAUUAAAAUUAUUAGUCAAAGAUAACAAAUAAUAAAUAAGAAUACCUACUAUUCCAAUUAGAAACAUUUCAAAUGAAAAAAAACAAAUCAAUUUCUUAAAAGGAUUACAAUAGAAUUCUGAAUUGAGUGAGAAUAAUUACAUAGAUGAAUUUUAUUAGCAAGGAAAAAUUACUGUUAAAUUAAAAAGCAAAGAUUUUAUGACUUUCAUGAGAUGGUAACAUGAGGUUGAAGAAUUAAAAAGAAAAAAAAGAGAUUUUGAUGAAUAAAAAGACAGACAUUUUUAAUUGACUAAAGGUGAUACCAUAACUAAAAUGGAAUAAAAGAAAAAUGAGGAAAUUAUGAAAAAAAAGAAAAACAGAUAUUCUGAAUCAUGGAUAGUUGGAAUUUCAUUAGCAAAAAGAUUUUUAAGAAUUGGGAGAAAGAGAGCUAGAGUAGCAUUAUAAAGAAAUGCUAUUAAAACUUUAACUGGUAUUUAGAGUGUUCCACAUUUAAGUGAUUCUAAUAGAUCUGAUGAUGUUAGAUCUAUGGCUAGUUUUAGAGAAAUAUAGAAUCCCUAAAUAUGA